CACGGCCAGCGGUGGAUAAUCCGGGACACUUUGCCCCUGGGGGCUGCGAAGUGAGCAAGGAGGACAAGGGCAUGCUCAGUGGUGGCGGCGGUGAUGCGGGCCUUUCCAACGCCGCGGCGCGGGGGCAAGUGGAGGCCGUGCGGCAGCUUCUGGAAGCCGGUCAUGAUGAUGGGCAGCGCCCGCGUGGCCGAGCUGCUGCUGCUCCACGGUGCGGACCCCAACUGCGCGGACCCCGCCACCCUCACCCGACCCGUGCACGACGCCGCCCGGGAGGGCUUCCUGGACACGUUGGUGGCGCUGCACCGAGCCGGGGCGCGGCUGGACAUGCGCGACGCCUGGGGCCGCCUGCCCGUGGACCUGGCUGAGGAGCGGGGCCACCGCGACGUCGCCCGCUACCUGCGCGCGGCCGAGGGAGACUGAUGGCGCAUGCACACAGCCGCCCCAAACGACUUUUCUUUUCUCUCCAGUUCCCCAUCCCAACUUAGUUCAAUG